AGCCUCUCUUACAUAUAAAGGAGGUAACCUUGGCACUUCCCUUUUCUUCUCCACGGUCAUUAGGGUUUAGAACGUGACGGCAGUUUGGCGGAAAUCAUAAUCUAAGCCAUGGCCGUUCCUCUUCUUAGCAAGAAGAUAGUAAAGAAACGAGUCAAGAAGUUCAAGAGGCCCCAAAGUGACCGAAAAAUCUCCGUGAAGCCAAACUGGCGUAGGCCAAAAGGUAUUGAUUCUCGUGUGCGGAGGAAGUUCAAGGGAUGCACUUUGAUGCCUAACAUUGGUUAUGGCUCAGACAAAAAGACCCGCCACCAUCUUCCCAAUGGUUUUAAGAAAUUUGUAGUCCACAAUGUUAAGGAGCUUGAAUUGUUGAUGAUGCACAACAGGACCUACUGUGCUGAGAUUGCACAUGAUGUUUCUACCCGGAAGAGGAAGGAGAUUGUUGAGCGUGCUGCACAACUUGAUGUUGUUGUUACCAACAAGCUGGCUAGGUUGCGCAGUCAGGAGGAUGAAUGAACUAUUCAUUUCUUUUUGUUUUAUUUUAUUGCUUCCAUUGAAACUUUUAUGCUACAUUUCCUAGGAAAAUCACUUGAUCAACUAAGAAUUUUGUUUUAAGUUUGUUCUUGUCUGUACAACUAGCACACUGGUACAAGAUAUAGUUGGUUAAAGUAGUUGAAAAUGUUUGGCCUUUUCUCCA